AAGUUAUUCUGUUUUGGAACGAUGAAAGAAAGCUUCUUCCAUUUCAACCAGAUCAAAACGUGGAGAUAUUUCAGAACUGUUCUGUAAGUGAUUGUCUUUUUACGCACAAUCACUCUUUUGUCAAACAUGCUGCAGCCAUCCUAUUUCUCAUCCCUCUUGCUGAUAUUUCUGUCCACAAAUGGCCCCCUAAGAAGAAUCAUCAAAGAUGGGUGUUCUGGACAAGAGAACCCCCCUGCUACAUUAACCCCUUCCCAUCAUCCCAGUGGCAUGGACUAGAACAAAGCAUCAACUGGACAUUGACAUACAAAAAAAAUGCAGAUAUCCAUGCACCAUAUGGCAUAGUUGUACCCAGAGUUAAACCUUUGAACAGAACAUUUCUGGAUGUGGCAAAGAGAAAAACCAAAUUAGCAUUUGCUAUGAUAAGCCACUGCAAAACUGGGAGUGAGAGAUCAAGUUACAUAAAACUCCUGAGAAAAUAUAUGCCUGUUGAUGUAUACGGGAGUUGUGGUGAAAUGGGAAAGAGAAAUAGCACCGAGUACAAUUCCUUAUUUGGCAAGUAUAAAUUUUAUUUGGCAUUUGAGAAUAACUUCCUGAAGGAAUAUCUCACGGAGAAGUUUUUUAAUACAGUCGAUUACGACGUAGUGGCAGUCACCAGAGGUGGGGCAAACUACAGUGAUCUGGGUAUUAAACCAGAGUGGCAUAUUGACACUCAGGACUUCUCUUCUCCUAAAGAACUGGCUCAGUAUUUGUUACGCUUGGACAAGAAUGACACCCUCUAUGCACAGCACCUCCUAUGGAAGAAUUAUUAUCAGAUCCCUCCUGGUUGGUCAUGGACUACCAAUUUGUUGUGUACUCUGUGCAGUAAAGUGCACAAUACUUCUGAACCUAUCAAGUGGUACACAAAACAACAGCUCAUCCAGAACUUUUAUGAACCUUGGUGCCAGAAGCCGAAUGAUCUUCCUGAUCACUAGCUGAUGAAAUAGGAUGCACAGUAGCACGCAUCAUGUGAUAUUUUGAGAAUUUCAAAAACUUUAAAUUAAUAUAUACUUGUAUGACUCAAGAGAACAAUAGUUGGAAAGGUGAAAUUUGCAAAAGGAGAAUAUCCAUAUGGUUAAAUGAGCGUGGUGGAGUGUGUUGAUCUGUAUCAACAUGCCUGGUAUCAAAAACAUAACAAAGAAGUGUAUCUAAAAUAAUGUUAUUCAUAUAAUACAAGAUGGCAGUAAAACUGCAGUUAUUUUAUAUAUAUAAUAAAUGAUCUGAUGGAAGAUACAUACAAACUUGACUUAAAUAUGAACACUUAUCAUACAAUGAGGUAAAAUUCUAAAUAUCUCUUUGUACUUUAAAAAAUGUCUUAAGAGUUUUUAAAAGGCACUAGCAUAAUAGGGAUUAGUUCUGUUGGUUUUAUUGUUUGCUCACCUAGCGACUUGUUUCACACAUUGGCAAUUUCAAUAUACAUGCAAAAGCAAGAAAUAAUUUUCAUUAGAAUAAUAGGCCUUAACGAAUAUGAAAACAAGAUCAUGGUGCCAUACUGACCUAUGAAUUGGAUAUUGCCUCUGACUCCUGAAUGCAUCAUGUAUUUUGUUUGACAUAUGGGCUCAAAGUACCCUCUACCAGGGCGACUGAUAGAUUUUUUGACAGAUAUUCA